AUGUCGUCGCCGGUGCCGCCAUUUUGUGUGUGGUCUCUGGUGCCUGCGCUGAGGGAGAUGCUGCGGGGAAGCGACGAGAGGAGGUCGGCAGCGCGGGAGGAGGCCUCUGCUUCUGCCUCCUAUUCGGGCCGCUGUUCGUCCUCGUCCGGGACGGAGCACCUGCCCCUCUACCACUUCGGGCUGCUGCAAACCCCGCUGAGCACGGCUGGCAGCGCCGGCGGCCCCCAGCGAAAGGCAGACUCCCUCGGCAGGGUCGUUCCCCCGGGGCCGGGGCCGCAGCUGUUCUCUGCGGCAGCAGGAGAUUCAUACUUUGGGGACAAGAGUUCGUAUGCAGAAAAUGUUAGCACAAUGAAUUUUACAAGCUCUUCUUCUGCAAGAGGUCUAAAUAGUGCCUGGAUAGGAAAAACACCCCUCUCUUCUAGUAGAUCAGGUUGUAGAAGCAGGACUCCUCUCAUGGGAUAUUCAGUUACAUCCUCAUCUGCUGUCUCUGCUCAUUUGGUUGCAUCCGUUAUUGUAGCUGUAGUAGAAGGGAGAGGACUUGCCAGAGGUGAAGUAGGAAUGGCUAGUAUUGACUUAAAGAACCCUGAAGUGGUAUUAUCCCAAUUUGCGGACAAUACAACCUAUGCUAAGGUUAUCACAAAACUCAAGAUUUUAACACCAUUAGAAAUAAUAAUGUCAAAUACUGCUUGUGAUACAGGGAAUACAACAAAAUUGUUCAGUUUGAUAACAGAAAAUUUCAAGAACGUGACUUUUACUACUGUCCAAAGAAAAUACUUCAAUGAAACAAAGGGCUUGGAAUAUAUAGAACAGUUGUGUACAUCUGAAUUCAGCACUGUCCUAAUGGAGGUUCAGUCCAAGUAUUACUGUCUAGCAGCUGUUGCAGCUUUGCUAAAAUAUGUUGAAUUUAUUCAAAAUUCAGUUUAUGCUCCUAAGUCACUCAAGGUUCGUUUCCAGGGAAGUGAGCAAACUGCUAUGAUAGAUUCAUCAUCAGCCCAAAAUCUUGAAUUGUUAACUAACAACAGAGAUUCUCGGAAUGGUCACACUCUUUUUGGCGUUCUAAAUUAUACUAAAACUCCAGGUGGAAGCCGAAGACUUAGGUCUAAUAUCCUGGAGCCUCUGGUUGAUGCUGAAACAAUUAACACAAGAUUGGAUUGUAUUCAGGAACUACUCCAGGAUGAGGAGCUCUUUUUUAGUCUUCAGGCAGUGAUUUCAAGAUUCCUGGAUACUGAACAACUUCUUUCAAUUUUAGUACAAAUUCCAAAGCAAGAUACAGUUAAAGCUGCUGAAUCAAAAAUAACUAAUUUAAUCUAUCUGAAGCAUACUCUGGAACUUGUGGAUCCUCUAAAGGCUGCUUUGAAAAGCUGCAAGACACAUCUGUUAAAGGCAUAUUACAGUUCUCUGGAAGACAAAAGGUUUGGAAUCAUACUUGAAAAGAUUAAAACUGUCAUUAAUGAUGAUACAAGAUACACAAAAGGAUGCCUGAAUAUGAGGACCCAGAAGUGCUACGCAGUCAGGCCAAACAUCAAUGAAUUCCUUGAUAUAGCUCGUAGAACAUACACAGAGAUUGUAGAUGACAUAGCAGGAAUGAUAACACAGCUUGGAGAAAAAUACAACCUACCUUUGAAGAUGAGUUUCAGCUCUGCUCGUGGAUUUUUUAUCCAAAUGAAUGCAGAAUGUGCAGCAUUACCUAAUGGUCAGCUUCCUUCAGAAUUUACAAAGAUCACUAAAAUGAAAAAUGCAUAUAGCUUUACUUCAGCAGACUUAAUUAAAAUGAAUGAAAGAUGCCAGGAAUCUUUGAGAGAAAUUUAUCACAUGACCUACUUGAUAGUGUGUAAACUAUUGAGUGAAAUCUAUGAACAUAUCCAUUGCCUAUACAAACUCUCUGACACUGUGUCAAUGUUGGAUAUGUUGCUGUCAUUUGCCCAUGCCUGCACUCUUUCUGACUAUGUUCGUCCAGAAUUUACUGAUACAUUAGCAAUCAAGCAGGGAUGGCAUCCCAUUCUUGAAAAGAUAUCUGUGGAAAAACCUGUUUCUAAUAACACGUAUAUCACAGAAGGCAGCAAUUUUAUCAUUAUUACAGGACCAAAUAUGAGUGGAAAAUCAACUUACCUGAAACAGAUUGCUCUCUGUCAAAUUAUGGCACAGAUUGGUUCUUACGUCCCAGCAGAAUAUUCUUCUUUUAGAAUUGCUGAGCAAAUUUUCACUAGAAUUGGUAUGGAUGAUGAUAUAGAAACAAAUUCAUCAACAUUCAUGAAGGAAAUGAAAGAGAUAACAUAUAUCAUGCAAAAUGCUAAUGACAAAUCACUCAUCAUAAUUGAUGAACUUGGCAGAGGUACCAGUACUGAAGAAGGUAUUGGCAUUUGUUAUUCAGUGUGUGAAUAUCUACUGAGUUUGAAGGCAUUUACUCUAUUCGCUACACAUUUCCUGGAACUGUGUCACAUAGAUGCUUUAUAUCCCAAUGUGGAAAACAACCAUUUUGAAGUGCAACAUGUGAAAAACAGUGCUGGAAAUAAGGAAAAAAUUACUUAUACUUACAUACUUUCGAAAGGACACACAGAGGAAAAAAACUAUGGAUUAAAAGCUGCAGAAGUUUCUUCUCUACCACCAUCAAUAAUUUUGGAUGCAAAGGAGAUCACAACUCAUAUUGCUAGACAAAUUUUGCAAAAGCAAAGAACCACUCCUGAGACAUUAAGACAAAGGGCUGUAUACCAUCUAGCAACAAGGCUGGUUCAAACUGCAAGGAACUCUCGAUUGGAUCCAGACAGUUUGCGAAUAUUCUUGAAAGGCCUGAAAAAAAAGUAUGAAGCUGAUUGUCCUGUGUCUGGACAAGCACAAACUGAAGAUGGACAGUAA